UUUGGGUUAUAACAUUCCAUUCAAUGGUGGUACAACUUCACAAAUUUGGAGCUUCUCCUCCAAAUUCCAAUCCUCAGAAGCGCGCCGGAAGUCCUUCACCGGUGUCCCCAAUUCAAUUCAAUUCCUUUUCGCACUUAAUUCAGCAACACUUUUCACUACCCCUUCAACUACAACCCCAUAAUUUUCUCUCUCCUUCACCCCUCACUUGAUUUACUUCUUUCUCCUUCAAGUACUUUUCUUCUUAACCUCUUUUUUCUUCACUUGCUUAUCUUCAUAAUUUUUAACCCCAAAUUGUUGUUUUUUUAGGGCAUUUUUUAUUUGAUUCGCUGCUGCUGAAGUUAUUCAAUUUCACGUUUUUCGAUGGGUCGCUCUCGUGCAGUAUUUUGCUCCAGUGAUGAUGAUCCCGCCCAAAGUAGGUCGAAGAGGAAAAGGGCAGCCUCAAGUGGAGAGAACACAGAGUCUGCAUCGGCAGGUCAAAGCUUAAGUGACGCGAAGAAUGCACUUUAUCACUGUAACUAUUGCAAUAAAGAUAUAUCAGGAAAGGUUCGCAUUAAAUGUGUAGUGUGUCCAGAUUUUGACCUCUGUAUUGAGUGCUUUUCAGUUGGUGCGGAGGUUCAUCCUCACAAAAGCAACCAUCCAUAUAGGGUUAUGGAUAAUUUAUCAUUCCCUCUAAUGUGUCCUGAUUGGAAUACAGAUGAAGAGAUUUUGCUCCUAGAGGGAAUUGAAAUGUAUGGACUGGGUAACUGGGCCGAAGUGGCAGAACAUGUAGGAACAAAGAGCAAAUCAGAAUGUAUUGAUCACUAUAAUACUAUAUACAUGAACUCUCCUUGCUUUCCGCUUCCGGACCUUUCUCAUGUUGUUGGAAAGAAUAGAGAAGAACUUCUAGCCAUGGCCAAGGAACAAAGUGACCUUAAACAAGUUCUAACCGAAGAUUCAAUGAAAGAAGAGUCUGCGUUUUCUGCAAAAGUAAAGAUUGAAGAACCACAUAAAGAAGCUCCAGAUAGCCAGUCCUCACAGGCCGUUAAAAAACCAACAAAUUCCACAGCAGUGCAGGAUGGGAGUAAUGGCAUCAAAGUUGAAGAUUCUCAUCCAGAUAGGAGUGUUGGAGAAAAGAAACCUAGAACUUCUGCUGAUGAUGGGCCUCCAGUUACAGAUCUAUGUGGUUAUAAUCCCAAGAGAGGGGAAUUUGAGACAGAAUAUGAUAAUGACGCUGAACAGUUACUGGCAGAUAUGGAAUUUAAAGAAACGGACACAGAAGCUGAACGUGAACUAAAGCUUCGAGUUCUGCGAAUCUACUCUCGGAGGCUUGACGAGAGGAAACGCAGGAAGGAUUUUGUACUGGAACGGAAUUUACUAUACCCAGAUCCUUUUGAGAAAAAUCUGACACCUGAAGAGAAGGAAAUAUGCCAGCGGUAUAGGGUAUUUAUGCGGUUCCACUCAAAAGAAGAGCAUGAGGAGCUGCUGAGGACUGUCAUUGAGGAACAUCGGAUUCGCAAACGAAUACUGGAUCUACAGGAAGCUAGGGCUGCUGGCUGUCGCACGUCGGCUGAGGCACAGAGAUAUAUUAGUCGGAAGAGGAAGAUUGAAGCAGAUGAAAACACACUCAAAUUGAGGGAGAGUGUUGAGGCUGGUGCAGGGGGUAAAGUAUUGGUGAGGACAACUCAUCAUUAUAGAGACUCAGUUUCGACGACUACAGCCACAGGGCAGCGUAUGACAAACUCCCUUGAUGAGUGGGAUAUCACUGGGUUCCCAGGGGCUGAUUUGCUCUCGGAGACUGAGAAAAGGCUUUGUGGGGAGAUCAGGAUACUUCCUUCACAUUAUCUCAACAUGCUGCAAACGCUAUCUAUGGAAGUAAUGAAGGGGAAUAUUACCAAGAAAGCAGAUGCCCAUAGCUUGUUUAAGGUUGAUCCAAGCAAAGUCGAUAGAGUGUAUGAUAUGCUUGUGAAGAAAGGAAUCGCACAGCAAUGAAGCCGUCUUGUAUGUUCCUUUGGUUCUUUUUUUAACAUUAGUAGUCCUAUUCUAUAAACUACAACCCCGUCUUCUGCGCAGGUAGGAUUAAAUUUUUGAUAAUAGACGAUUGUGUAUGUUAGGUAAAUUAUGUUUGUAAAGCUCGAGUAAAAUUUUUGAGGAUAGACGAUUGCGUCUAGACUCUCGAGUGGGUUUUGUAAAAACCAAGUUGCUUUUAUGUGUAAAUGCGGUCUAUGAAAAACCACACAGAACCAUUGGGUGAAGAACUAAUGGUUACGGUAGUCUGUUUGCAUCAUUGCUUGCA